UACUUUUUAUGAUUACCGGCAUUACUGAAAUUAGUUAGUCUUGUUUUCUUUGUUGUUUCCGUAUUAUCAAGUUAAACUUAUUUUAACAUACGAAAUAUCGAUUAAGUAUAAAGCUUUUUAUUUUUUAAAACAACUCACAGAAGCAACUAGCGAUUACGUGUUACUUGGGUUAGAAAAUCUAAAUUUUAACUUUAAUAAUUUAAAAACACCAAAAUAAAAUUAUAUUUUCUUAGCGGAUUUUUUUGCUCUCAACCAUGGGAAUCUCGGUGAAAACGCAUUGUGCUAAACUUCUCGAUACGCCCUUAUACUUUCACUUCUAUUUAUUGAACAAAAAACAACUAGUCAUAUGGGUUUCAGAUAUUAGUAAAGAGUUUAGAAAUUUGCACGUUUCUUUUCCUAAAAAAAUAAUGGAGGAGUUUGAAAGCACCUGUCUUUUAGGAGAAGACAAUAUAUCUAGUGGGGAGUUCUGUAGCAAAUUAAGCUCUAAAUUGAAAAUUCCGGUAUUUUUAAGCUACAAUGUACAAGACCCAGAUCCUAAUCUUGUGUUAUUUGUUCAAAAAACUAUUCUCAACUUGACUAAAGAAGAUGCAGCUUUUUUUAACUUAUAGAAACCUGGUUGUUUGAAUGUUACUGUCAAAAUUAUUCUCUGUCUAUGAUUUGGAUAAUUAUCAAUUUAUACAACUGAUUUCUUUUUUUAGAUAAAAAUUACUAUUUUACAAAUGCUUUCUGUAUUUUUCUUAAAUCAAAAAUUUGAGAGAAGAUGCUAAUUUACUUGAACACUUAAUAUUUGGCUUAGUUUUGUCUACUUUCCUGAUUUGUAAUGCUAUUUUUAUUCUUGACUUAUGCUAUUCUUAAAACUAGGUAGAAAAUUAUACAAGUUUAAUUUACUUAUGUUGGAAAGUAUGCAGACACUAGGUUUCGUUUCCCUUUUAAAAAAUGGUUGUAUUUAUUUAAAUUUUAUAAUUCUUGUAAUGAAAUACAAACGAGCGCUGUAAUGUAUGCUUGUAGUUCUUCUCUAUGAAUUAAAGGAUGAUACUCUUAGCGUUUUUCAAAUAUUUACGGCAACGUAUGACGAAAAGUAAAAUUAAAAAAAAAAAUUUAAAAUACAAAUUGAGAAAAAGUUAAAAAGUUUGGGGUAUCUUAAAAAAGUUUUAAAAAAAUCAUAAAAAGGUAAAAAAAAAAUCUUUUUAUCGAAAAACGUGGUUAAAUUCUUUAUAAACACUUUUGAUUGUGUCAGAAAACCAUUGAAAUUGCUCUUAAACUUAUAACCAAAAAAAAAACGUCUUCAUAAUCAUUGUUGUGUCAACACAAGUUUAAAGUAGAUAAGAAAGUUAGACUUAAUCCUUACUAUUCGACAAAUUACUGCUUUAUGUAUAACAGUUCAGCGUAAAAAAAAGAUACCUCAUACUAAAGAUGACAAUUUCUACUAUCAAAAGUCUUUAACAAUAAGUCGAAUUAGAUGAGGUGGUGUAUUUGAAAUGAGCAAAUGAACUGAUCUACCAGAUGGGAGUAAACAAAUUUAAUCUGUUAUUUUGAAUUCGUUUUAAUUAUUGCAAAAAUUUCCAUUAAGGACCCUAAAUAUUUUCACUCCGGAAAAACAGUGUGAUAAAACAUAGGAACGAUUGAAUAAAAAUAAACUCAAAAAAGCACGUUGCUUUUUUCAUUUUUGGAGUAAAAAAGACUUGAUGAUGGAAGGAACAGAAGGCUUGAAAAUUAGUCGACCGCAAAGUUAUUUGAUUUUGAACAAUAUUGGAAAAAAGAAUAAUUUUGGGUUACUUUUAAGAAGUGCCGCUGCUUUUGGAAUAGAGCAAGUUUACAUUGUAGGUGAAAAAAAAAUGAAAACAUUUGGUCAUAAGGGCACAGUACCUCAUAUGAAGUUGACAGUGUGUGAAUCUUUUGACCAUGUAAGGCGUUGUCUAGGAGAUAAAGUUAAGGUUUGUGGUAUUGAAAUAAACGAAACCGCGAAACCGGUUUCGUGUCACCCUUUCUCAGGGAGUACCGCAUUUAUGUUGGGAAACGAGGGAACGGGAAUGAGCGAGAAACAGGUGACCUUUUGUGAUGAAUUCGUAUAUAUUCCUCAGUACAGCUGUGCGACAGCGUCUUUAAAUGUAGCGAUAGCGGGUUCCAUCGUAUUUCAUCAUUUUGCCAGUAACGCUCUAGAAUGUCAUGGGCUCUAUGUGAUUAAUGUGUCUACUACAGUAUGGGCAUCGUUUCUUGAAGCAGAAAGGAUGGGUAACAAAUUUACAACAAUAAAGGCUUUUUCCAAACUAGAACAAUAUUUGGAUUCUACUAUGGAGGAAAAACAACAACAGUUAAUUUUACGACGAGAACGUCAUCAAAAAAAACUGUCAAGCUCGUUGUUAUUUGAUUCUCUGGAUGAAGAUACCAUAAUUCCAUAAAUUGGUUUUAUUUUACACAAAUUUUGUGUUUGAAAUGAUUAAUUCCUAGUGUAAAAAAACUGUUUUGUUUGACAGUUCUUUUUCCCUAGUAUAUUUUUCUAGAUUCUCCUUCGUAAAGAAUGAAUUAACUAAAAAAAACUUAGUGUUCGAAGUAUUUUAUAUCACACAUUUUAAGUAUAUUCUAUGAUAAUUAGUGCAUUAAAAAAAUAAGAAAGCUUUUUUUAAAACUUCUAGUUUCAUGUUAAAGUUUUCAGAUGAUAAUAAUAAUUGGAAAGAUUUUGUUAGUUAUUUAAACAAUGGCUGUUAAAAACAAAUCAAUUCGCUUAAUGCAUUAUAUAUUAGGCGUAUUUAAAGUAAUGCAACGGAUUAAAUUUAUAGACGAGUUUGUAACAAAAAACAAUUUAAAAAAAAAAAAAUUUACGAUCAAGAUAUAAAAUUUGCUGAGUGAUAUCUCCGUUGGUGACUCUUUUAAUGUUUGGUAAGAGAGCCCAAAAAAAAACAUUCGCGGACAAUUAUUAUUAAUAGAUGUUUUUUUCAAAAGAAAUUGUUGAUAUUUACAAGGUGCUCAGCAGUGUGUCAAACAGCGUGUAGAGACACUGGUUAGCAGUUUGUUUAAUUUUUUAAAACAAAAACAAAACACCACUAAUUUUUGUGCAUUUUUACUUUGUCUGAUCCAAA